AGUCUCACUCACGCCAAACUCACAGACGAGACACUAGCCAAAAAGUUGAAGAAGAUUAGCAUAUCAUAUCACAGCGCCACGUGGUGGUAACGGUGUGAAAAAAAGCUUGAACCACCAGAUUAAAAAAUAAAACAGUUACAACGUGAGAAAUGGAGAUCAAAAAGUUACACGAGUUCAUGGAAUUAGUUGGUCGACUCAAGCAUAUGAAGAGAGCUGGUUGGGUAUUGAAAGAUAUUGCUGAACCUGAAACAAUUGCUGGACAUAUCUAUCGAAUGGCUAUGCUGUCUUUUUUAGUCGACAGUAAUGAAAAUUUGGACAAAACUCGGAUAAUGCAAAUGGCUCUUAUACAUGAUCUUGCAGAAUGUAUUGUGGGAGACAUCACACCACAUUGUGGUAUCUCAAUAGAAGACAAACAUCAAAGGGAAAACAAAGCAAUGGAAGAAAUAUGUAAACUAUUGGGCAAUCAAGGGCUGCCAAUACUAAACCUUUUCCGGGAGUAUGAAUCUCAAGAAUCAGCUGAAGCCAAAUACGUUAAAGACCUCGACAGACUCGAUCUUAUAAUGCAAGCAUUCGAAUACGAAAAACGAGACAAUACACCAGGAAAGCUGGAGGAAUUUUUCAGUUCUACCAAUGGACAAAUUCGGCAUCCUUUUAUAAAUAAAAUGGCAGAUGAAAUUAACGAACAAAGGAGAGCGCUUAAACAUCAAUCAUUACCUAACACAAAAUAAAUGCAAAUGUACAAACAGCUUACGAUUGUAGUAACAGUCGUAUCAUUGCUAUAUUAUCAGAUUUUUUUUUCAUUUAAGUGGUCGAAAACAGUAUAUUUCAUAAAAUUGACGAACUUUCGGCAGGAAAUAUUUUUUUCAGUCCAUGUUGAAUUUAAUCGGUUGACUAGUAUUAUAUCACAAGUAUUAAAAGUUUGUUAUUAUGUUAAUGUUUUUUAACUCACAUUUCGUGAAAUUGUGUAAAACGAUCAUAAUCCUGAGCUAGCAUAAAAUCAGAAUAAGAAUCUCAAGGAUGUACGUGAUUUCCUGCAGAAACCGUCAUCCAUUCAUUAUUCUUGGCUACGUUAAAAUGAUUUCAUUUUUUUCCGAUUAUAAUCAUCCUAUUAUCUCAUCUCAGUAAUAUCAGGGAAGGAAAAUUUGAAUUGGCAAUAAAAAUAUUGUAAGAUCAUUCGAAACUAAAAUCGCGAACUUUUAAUACUUGGCGGUCUUUUUUUACUUUUCUAAAGUUUUUUAUGCUGAUCUUACUUUUUUUUUUUUAAACUUGGAUAUAAACACGAACUUUUUUUAGAACUUUGAUUAUUACGAACACAGAAUUUCAGAUGAAAAAAAAACGUUUUUUUUACUCUGAUAGCCGAAAGCUUUAAUUUUCUAUGGAAACAUGAAUCUCUUUAAAUGUUGUCACACUCAAACAAUUUUAAAGGCUGUAUCGCAUAAUUUAUUUCUUUUUUUAUGCGUAUUUAGUUAUAAAUCAUGAAAUUAAAAAACGUGUGGCUUCUCAUGUGUCUACAAUGGCAAUCUUUGUCGUUCUUACAAAGGAAGGGGUAAAAGAAUUGCAAAAAUAUAAUUUUAAAAAAUGACAUAUUGAAACUAACAUUUUUGUGUUAUCUCAAGCAACUGGUUUCAAUCUUCCUGUAUUUUUCAUACAGACAUAAAGAAAACUUGACAGGGCAUCGUACAAAAAUGAGGAAAUACCAAAGAAAACUGUGUUUUGCCGAAUUCAAAUUUUCCAUUUAAAAAUCUAGUAUUUCACCGCCGAAGACGUUAUAAUUUGAGAAUUUUCUAGUUUCCUCAUUUGUUCUAAAAACUAGUAAAAUAUUUUGACUGAAUACUGUUGGGAAACAAUAACAAGAAGAUUUCGAAAAA